AUGGCGCCAGAAGCCCUCCUCGAGACCAACAACGCAGACCUCUUUCCCAGAGGAGGAUGGGACACUCACCAUCACAUCUUUGAGCCCCAGCUGUUUCCCUACAGUCCCACGCGCCACCUCACACCACCGGCCGCGACCAUCAAAGCCUUCGAGAAUUUCCGAGCAAGGCUAGGGAUUACAAACUCAGUCCUCGCCCAUGGCCUGUCUUAUGGUGACGACUGUACCUCGUUGAAAGCUUUCGUCACCAAACUGGGAAGACAGUCAACUUCCGGCGUAGGGGUGAUCGAACCCGACGAGACCACUGACGAUGAGAUUCGAGAUCUACAACAGGCCGGCAUCCGUGGUCUCCGUGUCAAUCUAUACCCAAAUGGAGCCAUGGAAGAUGUAGAGCUUCAGAAGAAAACGUUGCGUGCAUAUCUCCAGAGGAUAAUGAAAUUGUCCCUCAAUUGGAGUUUGACAAUGACAACGAUUCGAACUGAGUUCUGGGAUGAAUUGGAGCCAUUUGUUCGCAGUGAAGUUGGGCCAACAGGCAGGCCGCUUAUCACGGAUCAUUUUGGUCUUCUGAAGGCACCCAGCAUGCUUCCCCCAGAACAUCGGAACGAUCCUACAAAGCAACCUGGCUUUGCAGCGAUCAUGCGGCUAGUCAGGGAUGGGCUUCUGUUCGUCAAGCUCAGUGCACCAUACCGCGUAAGUGAGCUGAGCCCACGCUACGAUGACCUCAAGUUCCUUGUGCGAGCUUUUGUGGAUGCCAACAAGCACCAAGUUCUCUGGGGAAGCGACUGGCCGCAUACCCCAAGGAUGAAAGUGCGCAGUCAUGAGGAGGCUAUGAAGGAGACUCCCUUCUUGGAGGUGGAUGAUGAGGCAUGGCUUUGGACCUUGAGGGGGUGGCUGUCGGAUGAGGAAUGGGACUUGCUGAUGGUUCAGAAUCCACAAAACAUCUUUGCUUCAUAG